CUUGUAUGCACUCGUUCUUUCGCAUCCUAACGAGCCGCGGUGCCACAGUCAGUAGUUGUCUAUAGAAGUUGAGCCCCGAAAAACAAACGCCAAUAACAAGUCACAACAUGGCCCCGCCAGCUGUCAAAUACACACAGAUCUUCAUCAACAAUGAGUUUGUGGACUCAGUGAGUGGUAAGAAAUUUGCGACUGUUAACCCCACCACAGGGAAGAAGACUGCUGAGGUUCAGGAAGGAGACAAGGCUGACAUUAACAAGGCAAUUAAAGCAGCACAGGAUGCCUUCAAGUUGGGAUCACCAUGGCGACGUAUGGACGCAACUGGACGAGCUGCUCUUAUGAACAAAUUGGCUAACUUGAUCGAGCGAGAUGUAGAAUACCUCAGGGACUUGGAGAUUAUGGACAAUGGAAUGACUGUCCAAUUAGCAACGGGUAGCGUGAUGGGGUGCAUCAGUUUCUUACGUUACGGUGCCGGGUAUGCCGACAAACUGCACGGAAAAACCAUCCCUUUGGAUGGUGAUUAUUUCUGCUACUCUCGCUACGAGCCCGUGGGUGUUGUUGGAGCAAUCAUCCCAUGGAACUUCCCAUGCUUGCUGAUGGGAGCUAAGUUGACUUGCUGCCUGACCGUAGGGAACUGUGUAGUGGUCAAACCUGCUGAGCAGACACCCCUGACUGCACUCCACAUCGCUUCACUCGUUAAAGAGGCUGGAUUUCCACCGGGUGUUAUAAACAUUGUGCCUGGAUAUGGACCCACCGCUGGAGCAGGUCUUACAGAGAGUAUGGAUGUUGACAUGGUGACCUUCACGGGGUCAACUGAGGUUGGGCGUAUCAUCCAGCGUGCUGGGGCUGACAGCAACUUGAAGAAGGUGCACCUUGAGCUGGGAGGGAAAAGUCCCAAUGUUGUCUUCGCUGACUGUGACAUGGACUACGCAGUGGAGACCAGCCACAUUGGUAUCUUCAACCACUCCGGCCAGAUAUGCUGUGCUGGCACCAGGACCUUCGUCCACGAAGACAUCUAUGAUGAAUUUGUUAAGAAGAGCAAAGCGAGAGCCCUCAAGAGAAAAGUUGGAGAUCCAACUUGUGAAGGCACUGAGGGUGGACCACAGAUUGACCAGGAGCAGCUGGACAAGGUCUUAGAGCUGAUUGAGAGUGGCAAGUCUGAAGGAGCUACACUUCAGUGCGGGGGUAAACGUCUUGGCACUGAGGGUUUCUUCGUGGAGAGUACAGUCUUUUCUGACGUACAGGAUCACAUGAGAAUAGCCAAAGAAGAGAUUUUUGGGCCCGUGCAGCAGAUCUUGAAGUUUAAAACCGUCGAGGAAGUGACAGAGCGAGCCAACAAGACAACUUACGGACUGGCGGGAGCGGUGUUCACUAAGGAUAUCAACAAAGCUCUCACUGUUGCCAACACAAUUAGGGCUGGACUUAUUUGGGUUAAUAACUAUGGGAUGUUCAGUCCCAUGAUUCCAUUCGGUGGCUACAAGAUGUCUGGUGUGGGAAGAGAAGGAGGUGAAGAUGGCUUCAAAGAAUACUGUGAGAUCAAAACGGUGGUCAUCAAAGUUCCAGAGAAAAACACUUAAGCUGAA